UGGGAGUUGGUGCUUUUGCUACAUUCUCUACCUCACCGUCCCCUUCACCACCUCCCAAACUACCUCCGUGCCACCUCCUUUCUCCUCCGCAACCAUGAGCGUGCGCGUCGUUGCUCGCAUUCGUCCGUUACUCAAGCUUGAGCUGGACAAAGAUACCAUCGUCACUGCCGAGUCGCAAGGGAAUGAAGCUCCCUCAAGCCCUACUGUUGUCCGGAUACCGAACCCGAGGAACGAAUCCGAGUCUUUCAGCUUCCAAUUCAAUAGUGUGUACGAUAACGAGGCCACCCAGCAGCAAAUAUUUGAUCAAGAAGUAAAACCUACUGUAAAGCAUCUAUUCAAUGGCUUCGAUGUUACGAUCUUCGCGUACGGCGUUACUGGCACGGGCAAGACGCAUACGAUGCGCGGCGGGAAAUCUUUGGCCGAUCGAGGAGUGAUCCCGAGAUUGCUAAGCGCCAUAUACAGACAAAACCGGAAGAUAGAAAAGGAUGCAGCGGGUGCAACACAAGUCGAGGUGGCCAUGAGCUACUACGAGAUCUACAACGACAAAGUUUUCGAUCUCUUUGAACCGCCAGAGAAACGGACCCCAGCAGGCCUACCUAUCCGAGAUAACCAUGGUAAAUCAGUUGUAGUUGGACUGACGGAGCGGCCUUGCACGACGUUGAAGGAGUUUGAGCAGCUGUAUGACCAGGCGAAUAUCAAUCGGUCAACAUCCGCUACAAAGCUCAAUGCCCACUCUUCGCGCUCUCAUGCGAUCCUCUGCGUCAAAGUUACACAAACAACCGAAACCACUGUUCGUGUCAGCACCGUCUCCGCAAUCGAUCUGGCAGGAUCCGAGGACAAUCGGCGAACCGACAACAACAAGGAGCGGCUAGUGGAGUCAUCUAGCAUCAACAAAUCUUUGUUCGUGUUGGCGCAAUGCGUGGAAGCUAUCAGCAGGAAGCAGUCCCGGAUACCGUAUCGCGAGUCCAAGAUGACUCGGAUAUUAUCGCUCGGCCAGAACAACGGGCUCACGCUCAUGAUCCUUAAUCUUGCCCCUGUUCGGUCAUACCAUCUCGAUACGCUGAGUUCACUCAACUUCGCCAACCGGACGAAGAAGAUCGAGGUCGCCGAAGUGGAAAACGAACCCGCUUUCAGGUUGCCAGCAAAGCCUCUUGCAGCUUCUAUCACUGGUCCCAACAUACAACGGCAACCCUUGCGACCAUUAGCUGCGGCUAGCAAUGCAAAGAUACACGCAACGGACCACAAGCUUGGUGACAAGCCGGCAAAGGAGUUCUCCGUCUACUCCGACCGCAAUUCUGGCGGUCGAUCUUCGAAUAUGCCACACCAAAACCAAUCAUCUCGACGAACAGAACCACACAAGCGGCCUGCUGACUCCAUUACGUUCUCAUCACGGCCAAGCAAAGUUGGUCGGCCAAAUGGUUCCCGUGCUGCGCCAUCAGAGCCAACUCUAUCGAAGGCGUCGAUAGAAGCAUUGAUUGCGCAACGAAUCGACGAAAAGCUUGCAGAGAAGGCCCUGCAAGAUACAGCUGCUGCAGCACCCGCCCUUCCCGACGAAUUGCAGAAGCGACUAGACGCGUUAGAGCAGCGAAUCGAAGAGAAAGAAGACGGGCGUGGAGAGGGACUCCAGUUCUUGCUAAUGGCCAAGCAGCACCAAGCCCGAAAUGAGGAUGCCAGCGCCCUUCGGAUGUUCCAACUUGCACAGCCAUUCUUUCCUACCAACGAUAAGCUGCGGAACAAGAUGAAAGCCCUAGAAGACAGAAUCAGGGCCAAGCGCGACGCGGAAAAGGCUUCUGAGACCAAGCCAGAACCCAAACUAGCGCCCCUAACCGCUCCCUCAACCAUACUGAGUCUCCCAACUUCCGCACCCGCACCCGUUCACAUAGAUCUCUCCGUCCCAGUCGCCAAGAAACCUGCCAAAGCAAAAAAACCUGUAUACGUUGACCCCCCAUCUGAUGCCGAGGACGACGACUUCGCUCCCGCGCCUGACGCUCACCACGACGCCUCCUACGCCUCGGACGACAGCUUCCACUAUAAGCCCAAGGCGGCGCGCAAGCAGACGAAGCUGAAAGCGAAGAAAGUCCUUAUCUUCCGCGACGAAACCUCGCUGUUCCCAAAUCCUAGUAACACUUCUUCACUGCCGCCUGGCGAACAGUCACCUCGCACAACGCAUCUUCUUCGCAUCAUCAACAGCCGCGAUGUCACGCAGAUUCGGGCGCUGAAGGGGGUGGGCGCGAAGAAGGCGGAUGCGAUUGUGAGUUGUCUCAUUGAGAUGGAAGAGGAGGAGGUGCGGGAUUUGGAGAGCUUGGCGUUGUUGAAGGGAGUGGGUGGGCGGACGGUGGAGAAUAUGCGGCUGGGGUUGGCGGUGUAGAGGGGUAGUGCGAUCUGGUGGUGUGUUGAGCUGUGUUCGUGGUUAUCUUCAAUCUUUUUGGAUAGGCUGAGCAAGGCGUUUUGGGGUUGCGUACGCAUAGGCAUUUUGGAGGUUGAGGUGUUUGGAGUUGAGUUGCAUAGGGCGGUGUUUGGGUGAUUGGCUUGUCCGGUAGAGUUUAAUGCUGGCUGGAAGCUGGAUUGUUCUAUGAUGUUUGCUAUGAUUGUUUUGUUGUGAGGUUGAUUUUUGAUGUGAGUGCGCGCUUGGAGGUUGUCUAAGAAUUCAUGAGCGAUUGGGGGAGGAGUUGGGAGUUUCUGGAUAGGAGGGAGAAAUUUUUUCGCACCUACCUAAGAUGAGAUCGCAUCGUGGGUAAGGUCAUUACCAUGGUUUCAGUGGCGGUGAGAUAUCCUUACCUUUUCGAAGCAUAUCGCAGUAUCUGGGCUUUCACAUCGCUGCUGUGCCGCAGCGAGUAGCGCCCGCCAGGCCGCCCCGUUUU